AUGAUUUUUUCAUUAGAAGAUUUGACAAUCCAAUUUCCAUACUCCAAUGUGUAUCCCGAGCAGCUUAAUUUCAUGAAGGAAAUUAAGUUGGCACUCGACACUGGUGAUCACACCGUUGUUUCAACUUAUAAAGAUAAAUGCAAAGGGUUCACAGUAGCUAUGAUAUCUCUGCUUGUCAGUUAUGUCGCUUCUAAGUUUGGUGAAUCCAAACAGAUACUCUGUUGCACCAAAGACGCUGGAAGGAGGGAUAAGAUUAUGAAGACACUCACAUUGGUGUACGAUUAUGGGUGCAAUGAUUUAGGUGAUGACAGUCCAAGCAUUCUUGCGGUCGAAUUUUCCUCCCGCAAGGAAUUCUGCAUUAAUUCUGAUGUGAUUGAAGAAUCUCAACUAUAUGAGGAUUCGGAAAAAGACGAGAACAAGUUGGUAGCAGGAUGUAGGGAACAUACUGCAAGCUGGAUUAGGGAGUUUGACAUAGAAGAUGUUUGUUCUUUCUAUAAUAAAGCUGAAGGUGCUGUACUGUCUCCUGGUAUUUACGACAUUAAGGAUCUCGUUGAUGCUGGCUAUAAAAAUGGGUGGUGUCCCUAUUUCGUUACCAAGAAUGCACUACAAGCUGCCAACAUUGUGGUAUUUGGUUAUGAAAAUGUUCUGGAUCCCAAGAUAGCUGGCGUUGUUUGUAAAGAGCUGAAGAGGAAUUCCAAUUCCAUUGUAAUUUUUGGCUGA